UCUGACACACACACACACACACACCACACACACACACACACACCGACAGCAGGACGAGAGACACUCAACCAGACCAGCAGCCGGAGAAAGAGCGACAGAAGGGAGAAAGAUGAGAGAAAUAGUUCACAUCCAGGCGGGACAGUGUGGGAACCAGAUCGGGACCAAGUUCUGGGAGGUGAUCAGCGACGAGCACGCCAUCGACCCGGCAGGGACCUACGUGGGAGACUCGUCUCUCCAGCUGGACAGAAUCAACGUGUACUACAACGAGGCGUCCUCACAUAAAUAUGUCCCCCGUUCUGUGCUGGUGGACCUGGAACCAGGAACCAUGGACAGCGUUCGCUCGGGAGCCUUUGGACAACUCUUCAGACCAGACAACUUCAUCUUCGGCCAGACAGGUGCGGGGAACAACUGGGCCAAAGGUCACUACACGGAGGGGGCGGAGCUGGUGGACUCGGUCCUGGACAUAGUGAGGAAGGAGUGUGAGCACUGCGACUGUCUCCAGGGUUUCCAGCUCACUCACUCUCUGGGGGGGGGCACCGGCUCAGGGAUGGGUACCCUGCUGAUCAGCAAGAUCCGGGAGGAGUACCCGGACCGGAUCAUGAACACCUUCAGCGUCAUGCCCUCGCCCAAGGUGUCGGACACGGUGGUGGAGCCGUACAACGCCACGCUGUCGGUCCACCAGCUGGUCGAGAACACGGACGAGACGUACUGCAUCGACAACGAGGCGCUCUACGACAUCUGCUUCCGCACGCUCAAACUCACCACGCCCACCUACGGCGACCUCAACCACCUGGUGUCGGCCACCAUGAGCGGCGUGACCACGUCUCUCCGUUUCCCCGGCCAGCUCAACGCCGAUCUCCGCAAGCUGGCGGUAAACAUGGUGCCGUUCCCGCGCCUCCACUUCUUCAUGCCGGGGUUCGCGCCGCUCACGGCGCGCGGCAGCCAGCAGUACCGAGCGCUGACCGUUCCCGAGCUCACGCAGCAGAUGUUCGACGCCAGGAACAUGAUGGCGGCGUGCGACCCGCGCCACGGGCGCUACCUCACGGUCGCCACUGUCUUCCGCGGGCCCAUGUCCAUGAAGGAGGUGGACGAGCAGAUGCUGAACGUGCAGAACAAGAACAGCAGCUACUUCGUCGAGUGGAUACCCAAUAACGUCAAAGUGGCGGUGUGCGACAUCGCGCCGCGCGGGCUCAAGAUGGCCGCCACUUUUAUCGGCAACAGCACGGCCAUCCAGGAGCUGUUCAAGCGCAUCUCGGAGCAGUUCUCCGCCAUGUUCCGCCGAAAGGCUUUCCUGCACUGGUUCACGGGCGAGGGCAUGGACGAGAUGGAGUUCACGGAGGCCGAGAGCAACAUGAACGACCUGGUGUCCGAGUACCAGCAGUACCAGGACGCCACGGCCAACGACGGCGAUGAGAACUUUGAGGACGACGAGGACGAGAUCGUCGAGAGCUGGAACGCAGAGCGGCAGUUCGACGAGCCAAUCGGAGAGCACGACGACAACUUCGGCGCAACCAAUUGAAGGGCAGAGGCGGGUCACCACCUGGAGGGAAGGGAGACCUCCUGCAGCGUUCUCGUCUCCUUGUUUUAGACCACGUGUGGAUUAAAGUUAGUUUAUAGCGAUGUGAAGAUUAACAUGAAGACAUGAACAAUAUGAAGAUUAAUUCUGCAAAACACUGGAUCAUCAACCGUGUUUUCUGACAUUUAAAGUGAUGGUUGGGAGUAAUUUACCCUAGGGUCCU